AUGGGAUUUAUCAUUGAUAUGAUCCCUCACCUUGUCCUCGCAGCCCUCCUUGCUAUCCUCAUCAGGACUGUUUCAAGACAAAGACCUGUCAUUACACGCAAUGGCAGGCCUUUAAGAAAACCUCCGGGCACACUCCUUCUAAUUGGCAAUGGUUUCAAAUUCCUGCAGCCUCGAUGGCAGCUGUUCAGCUGGUUUAACAAAUGCCAACAACAAUUUGGCUAUGAGACCGUGGCCUUGACUGUGCCCACUCUGCCUCCAGGUGUCCUCGUUCAUGAUCCCAAAGUCCUUAACUUCAUAUUCAAGAAUGAGGGACUCUUUGCCAAGGGCGCAUUUGUCAAGAAACGCACAUGGGAUCUCUUUGGAGAUGGCAUCAUUAACGCAGACGGCGAUCUCUGGAAGCUGCAGCGCAAGGCCGGCGCAGCGUUCCUGACUCCAGCAAACCUUCGAGUGCUGACAGACGUCGCUCUCCCGCAGUACUUGGGAGAAGCCGUAUCCGAACUUACCGCCAAGGCUGAUGGUAAAACAAUAGUCGACCUACAGCACAUAUUUCACGAAAUAACUUCUAAGAUAAUGGGGAAGAUGGCUUAUAACAUGGAAAUGCAUGCCGAUGAGGAUUUUACAAAAUCCUUUGACUUCGCUUCUGGCGGUAUAGCAGAGCGCUUCCAAAACCCAUUCUGGCAGCUAACGGAGCGCUUUACUGGCUCCAAAUUGCGCAAGUCUAUCGCAACCGUCAAAGAUUACGGUCAGCACAUCGUUUCCCGGGCAGUUACAGACCGUAGUUUCUCAAACCCCGAUUUGAAGAGCAGCAAACUUGACCAGAUCUCCGGCUCCCUAAUCCAAUCCCUCCUCAACUCGAUCCCUGACCACGCCACAGUCGCCAACGCCGCCCUAACAUACCUCUCCGCCGGCCGAGACACCACAGCUCAAGCCCUAACCUGGGCAUUUUACCUCCUCCUACGCCAUCCAACCUACUUGACCAAAAUUCGCGAAGAACUAACCCAUUUCCUUGCCCAAGACCUCCCUUCCGACCUCGAAAAUCCCCUCCCUAUCAACCCCACGCUCCUAACCCCCUCCUCAGCGCCCUACACCCUCGCAGUUUUCUACGAAACCAUCCGUCUCUACCCUCCCAUCCCCUUCGAAAUCCGACAAUGCAAAGCCCCGCCCGGAACAACUACCACCCUACCCGAUGGCACCGUCCUCCCUCAUGGCGCAGUCCUGGUCUGGUGUCUCUUCGCUCUGCAAAGGUCUAAACUUACGUGGGGCGAGGACGCGGAUCGUUUCAGGCCAGAGAGGUUUCUUGUUGAGGUAGACGGGCCGGGAGAUGGGCGGAAACGGAUUAGUUUUCAGUUGGGAAAGACCACAGGGGAGUUUCCUGUGUUUUAUGGUGGAUCAAGGACUUGCUUGGGACGGAGGAUGGCUGAGGCAGUCGCGGUGCAGGUGAUUGCGGUGUUGGCGUGGUUGUUUGAGUUUGAGGAGGUCGAUAAGAGUAGAGAGAGGAUAAGUGGGAGCAGUUUGACGUUGCCUAUGGAGGGGGGGUUGCCUGUUAGGGUGAAAAGGUGCGGGAAAAGUUGA